UUCGAACAUGGAGAAGAGCACAUUCGCCAUAUUCUGUUUUAUUACUUCAAAAAAGGGAAGAAAGCAACUAAAGCAAGGGAAAAGUUGCGUCGAGUUUACGGCAGAAAUGUCGUCAAAAAACGCCAGUGCCAGAAUUGGUUCGCCCGAUUUCAUGAUGGUGAUUUUUCAGUCAAAGACGCUCAUCGCUCCAGUAGGCCUUCCAAGAUUGACGACGAUGAAAUGAAAGCAUUGGUGCAAGCAAAUAAGCAUUCAACGGUUCGGGAGCUUGCUAUCGCUCUAAAAGUGUCCGUUGGAAGUAUUCAUGGCCAUUUGAAAUCGCUAGGCUUCGUAAAGAAGCUCGUUGUUUGGGUACCGCAUGAGUUGAAAGAAAUUCAUCUGACGAAUUGCAUGAGCGUCUGCGAUCAACUCAUCAAACGCGAAGAAAACGAUCCAUUCUUGAAGCGUAUGAUCACGGGCGACGAAAAAUGGAUUGUUUACAACAAUGUCAGCCGAAAAAGAAGUUGGAGUAAGUGA